GAUCAUACGCCACUCAUACAUUGUAUUAUUUUUAUUGUUACCAUUCAUUUGUAUUUGUCUGUCUUUGAGACUAGAAUGGCUCUUAGUUGAUAUGUCUUUUCGCCGUAUAUCGUUAGGAACCUGGAAGUUUGCUAAAUUUGUUGGUCGCGGCGUAAGAGCUUCACUUGCAGUAGUUGGUUUGGCAACGGCAGGUUCUAUUUAUGUUGCACAUUCUUUGUAUCGGAAUCUUCAAAAUCGAGUUCCACAAGAGUUAGGUACUGGUGUCCUUGAUCUCGAUUUAUCCAGUAUAGUUGUAGUUGAAAAGGAACCAUCUACUGGAGAGGCCCUAUUUCAGGCCUUACAAAGUGGAGGCAAAACGAAACCAAAGAUUUCUCUUCGAAGAUUAGUUGCUUCCAUCGAUAAAGCAGCCAGUGAUCCCAGAAUAACUGCACUGAUUGCACACGGCGAUGAUUUUUCGAGCUCUUUCCUGGGUUUAGCAGUUGUGAAAGAUAUUAGAGAUGCCAUUGUUCGCUUUCGGAAGAAAACCAACGAUGCGAAACCGACCAUUUUCUAUACUGACACGUUUGGUGAAUUGAUGGGAAACGCAACUAGUUUAUAUUACCUUGCCUCUGCUUGUGAAGAUGUUCGUAUGCAACCUUCAGGCAGUUUGGGAUGGGUUGGUUUAAGCACGGACGUUGUCUUUAUUAGAAAAUUGUUGGAUCAACUUGGCAUUGUUCCAAAAGUUUUGGCUCGUUAUGAAUAUAAGAAUGCUCCCAAUACGUUUACUGAGACAGAACUGACUGUUCAUCAACGUGAGCAACUGCAAGUUCUUAUGUCUUGCCUUGGAAAUAAGAUUGCAGAAGAUGUUGCAGAGAGCAGAAAUUUAUCUAUUGAAGGAAUAUUGGCUUUGAUGAAUGAAGCUCCUUUCACAGCGAGAGAAUCUCUUCAUUUACGACUCAUAGAAGGACUAUCCUAUCGUCAUGAUUUGAUGAACCUGAUUAAAGAUAAAGUCGAAGCGAGAAGGACGAUUCGAGCAACUGCAAGGACAAUCGCUGUAGAUGAAUGUUUAUCUGCAGUCGAACAAUUGCAACGACAACAUGCCAAGUUUUCUACUACAUCGCCAAGUACCUUAGAAGCAGCUAGUUCGUUUGUAGAAUCUUGCUUAAGGCUAUUGGACUUGUUUCCUUGGGAAAUGAAUCCAGAUAAUUCUUCUACUUUCCAUUACAAAGAAUGGAUUGAGCAGCAAAGAUUAUUGGAAAACCUUAAAUCUUGUUUGCAACAAGUAUCUCAUAUGAGUGAAGAAGAAAUAAAAGAGAAACGACAAAGGGAUCCUUGGUUGGAUAAAUAUUUGAGAUAUGCAGAGACGGUAAUCAAUAACGCAUCUACGUUGCCUUUUAUUGAUUUAUCGAAUGCUUCCAAAAAGGCUGAGAUAGCUGGCAAUGAAUCGAGUUCCGAUAAAACUUCGUCACAGAUGACCGACAAUAAGCUAAAAAGGGUUCGUUUACUAGAUUAUGCGUUUGAAAUGAAGAUGGAAGAGUCGAUUGCUUCAGCCAAGGAACAAAUAGAAAGAAUAAGAAAGAAAGAGUUAUCAUCGAAAGGAACAGCUCAACAAGAGUCUCAAAUGAUCUCUUCAUCAUCCAUUGCUAUAGUACACCUAGUAGGAAGUAUAAUGAGAGAUGAUUCUAGUGGUGGUUCGAAACGACUGUGUUCUGUUUUGGAAAGGGCAGUGAGAGAUAAUUCAAUCGGUGCCAUAGUUCUCCGAAUCUCAUCGCCUGGUGGUUCCUAUGUUGCCUCUGACACUAUUCAUCACGCCGUUGAAACUGCAACCAAAGUAAAACCAGUAAUUGCCUCUUUCGGUGAUGUUGUUGCUAGUGGUGGAUACUUUUCAGCUGCUCCUUGUACUUGUAUUGUAGCUCAACCUACCACUAUUACUGGGUCGAUUGGUGCAUUUACCUUACGUUUUAUUUUCAAGGAGGCUGCAGAAAAGUUGGGUGUUUCCAUUCAGUCACCAUCUUUUGGAAAACAUGCUUCUGCAUUUGCGGCAUCAUCCUUGCUGGAAGACUGGGAUGAAGAAAUGCAAGAUCGAGCCAAUCGCUUUUUGGAUUUGUGUUAUGAAGAUUUCGUAGAAAAGGUGAGUCUUGGUCGCAAGUUAGAUUUAGAGCAUGUGAAGAAGAUUAGUCGUGGAAGGAUAUGGAGUGGAGUGGAUGCUUUGAAUAUCGGAUUGGUGGAUAAGUUUGGAGGUCUUUUUGAAGCAAUGCAAGAGGCUCAACGCUUAGGUAACCUUGCAAAAGAUGAAACACCGUUGAUCAAAGAGUUGGGUAUGAAACCAAAACUAUCGGAACAAAUUGCACAAUAUUUUGGAUGGAUGCCACCGGAAAAUGAAUUCCCGAUGAGACAAACAUCUCAAUGUUGGUUUGUUCCCAAUUGGAUAUGGUUUCAUUGGAGUUAUUCUAUAGCGCAUCAAAUAGUUCCCUUAGUAGCUGGAUGGGAAGUAGCAUUUGAAUAUUGGAUGAUACAACAGACACAUUCUUUGGUUGACCAAAGAGGUUUUCCCUAUGGUGGUAUUCUUUUAUGUUCACCUAUACUGUUGCCGUUUAUGUAUCCUUACGUAGUAGAAAAUGGAUGGGAUGCUCAACUGUCUACUCCAAUGUCUGAAAAUAUUUCCAAUCAAAAAAUAUAGCUUUUAUUCUCUUUUGUUCAUCUCAUGUUGGACAAAGUAUCAAGC